AUGGCGGAGAUCCGUCGCAAGUUGGUGAUUGUCGGUGACGGUGCUUGCGGAAAGACCUGCUUGCUCAUCGUCUUCUCCAAGGGUACAUUCCCAGAGGUCUACGUCCCCACCGUCUUUGAGAACUAUGUCGCCGAUGUCGAGGUGGACGGCAAGCACGUAGAGCUGGCGCUAUGGGAUACGGCUGGCCAGGAAGAUUACGACCGCCUCCGACCCCUCUCCUACCCAGAUUCGCACGUCAUCCUCAUCUGCUUCGCCGUAGAUUCACCGGACUCGCUUGACAACGUGCAAGAGAAGUGGAUUUCCGAGGUCCUGCAUUUCUGCCAAGGCCUUCCCAUCAUCCUCGUCGGCUGCAAGAAGGAUCUGAGGUUCGACCAGAAGACGAUUGAGGAGCUGCAUAAGACUUCGCAGAAGCCGGUCACCCCAGAGCAGGCCGAAGACGUCCGCAAGAAGAUUGGUGCUAUAAAAUACCUCGAAUGCUCCGCCAAGACGAACGAGGGCGUCCGUGAGGUCUUCGAGCACGCCACACGCGCCGCGCUAUUGACGAGGAAGGAGAAGAAGAAGAAGUGCGUGGUCUUGUAA